UUUCCAAUAGGGGUGAACUUGAAACUUGCUAUUGACCAUGGAUUGCAGAACGCAUCCGGUGGAAGCGAUUUGAUUGCUUCCUUUCUGCAGACGCUGAUUAUGUCGGAAGGAAAUAAAUGGGUGACAGCGCAGAUUAGCGAUAUUAGUCUCGCGCUCCGAGCUGGUAGCGAGGCUAAGCCAGUCGCCACAGCAGAAUCGGCUGUGCGCAGCUUUGCUACAAGGGAGCUAGGGAAAGCACAAGGAGCGAUAGCAGCCUUGGAAGAUUAUGUUGCUAAUGCUACCGCUGAUUUGCUCAUGAUGGCUGCUUGGUCGGCCGCCAUUGAUCAUCUUAAGGAUGCCGAUCCGAUUCCUACAUACUAUUUUGCUCGCGAUGACCGGGUGUACAAGGCAUUCGUCGAACGUUUGGAUUCGCACCAGCAUGAGAUCAAUCGGACGGCGAAUAAGAGGUUGAAAUGGCAGUUGCGGGUGCUCAAGGCUGUGAUGGAAGGGCGCUCAACAACAUUUCGGAACAAAGUUCAGAUAUUGGCUGGUGAAUUCGAUGAAGGUCCUGGUGUAUGA